AUGCCUUCGACCGAAAGUCAAUCAGAUGCCGCUCAGCGCAUGUACACUGAACGAGCAACCAACUACGAGGAUUCUUGGCAUCCCGACUACAGCAAACGGUUCAUGGAACUUGUUCCCAUCAAAUCCGGCGAUCGCGUUCUCGACCUCGCCUGUGGAACUGGCCUGGAGGCUGUCAUUGCAGCAAAGCACGUCGGCGAUGAAGGGAUUGUCAUUGGUGUCGACAUAACUGAAGCGAUGCUCUCGGAAGCAAGCAAGAAACUGGAUCACGACGAAACAUUGUAUCGUCGCAUUAAACUUGUUCGACACAGUGUCACUGAUUUGACCGGUUGUCCAAAUGUAGACAGGGACAGCUUUGAUCUCAUUCUAUGCUCAAAUGCCUUUGUUCUGUUUGAGAAUCCAGAGGAAGUUGUCGCCCAUUGGCGGGGGUAUCUCAAGCCAGGCGGCAGAGUUGCCAUCGACAUCACUCAUGAGUAUAAUCUUCGCUCGGGCCUGCUAUUAGAGAAAGUCGCUCGCCGAUUGGGCAUGCCAUUCCCCUCCAACCGAAGCUGGAUCAAGUCUAAAGAGUCUUUUAGUGAGAUUUUGGAAAGUCGUGGUUUCGUGGUUGAAAAGGUUGAGGCUUUGGAAAAGAUUGUUGGACUUGGCUCAACAUAUUUCGGUCUCGACAAGGCAGAUGAGCAGUUUGACUACGUUGUCAAUGGCCCUCUGACUGCCUCAAUUGUAACGGAAGAAUUGAGAGUCAAAGGAAGAGAAUAUUUCAAGGAAGAGUGGCACAAUGCUGCAGUGGAUGGCAAGGUUGAGGUAUCUGAUAUUCUCUACGUCUAUAUCGCCAGGAAGAUUUGA